AUGAAACUGGUCUAGAAGGGGAAAGGGUGGGAUUUCAGGUGCUAAUCGUAACGUUUGUUGACUGUAUUUGGUAACAUCAGAUUGUUGUAGUUAGUUUUGUGUUUUAUUGGAAACCAUUCUUUAAUUCUCGCAACGACCCAUGUCGUUGUGUUCGCUUUUCAAAAAUGAAUCCAAAUACAUUCGCCCAGCAGUCAGUAUUAGGAGCGAAUACCCUAAACCCUAAAACGUUCCCGAUAACAGAGGAAUACGAAAUAAGCAAGAAAGUGUUGGGCUUAGGGAUUAGCGGGAAAGUCGUCGAAUGCUUCUCGUUGAAGAAUAGAAAAAAAUACGCUCUUAAAGUUUUACGUGAUAAUCCCAAAGCCAGAAGAGAAGUGGAGCUUCAUUGGAGAGCCAGUAGCCACCAACAUAUAGUCAAUAUUAUUGAUAUCUAUGAAAAUGUGCAAGGAAACACAAAAUGUCUUCUUGUUGUCAUGGAGUGCAUGGAAGGAGGGGAAUUGUUCCAGCGUAUUCAAGACCGUGCAGAUGGUGCUUUCACAGAAAGAGAAGCUGCUGAGGUUAUGCGAGAUAUUUGUUUAGCUGUCCGACAUCUUCAUUUUAUGGGCAUCGCUCAUCGAGACCUGAAACCCGAGAAUUUGUUAUACUCUUCACCAGGCUUGGAUGGUAUACUGAAGCUAACUGAUUUUGGUUUUGCCAAAGAAUGUUUUGCUAAAGAAACUCUUCAAACGCCUUGCUACACACCGUACUACGUUGCACCUGAAGUUCUCGGCCCUGAAAAAUAUGAUACGUCCUGCGACAUGUGGUCGUUAGGCGUCAUCAUGUAUAUCUUGCUUUGCGGCUACCCACCAUUCUAUUCUAAUCAUGGCCAAGCCAUGUCACCUGGUAUGAAGAAACGAAUUCGCACAGGACAGUAUGAUUUCCCAAGUACCGAAUGGAAACAUGUAUCCAGUGAAGCCAAAGAAUUGAUUCGGUCUUUACUACAAACAGAAGCUACUAAACGACCGACUAUAGAUCAAGUCAUGCAGAACAAAUGGAUCGCGCAUUUUGCUGCCGUACCACCGACUCCGUUGGCAACAGGAAUGGUUUUGAAAGAAGAAGAAGAGGCUUGGCCUGAAGUGCAAGAAGAGAUGAAUAGGUCGUUAGCCACCAUGCGUGUGGAUUACGAUCAAGUUGCAUUAAAAUCUUUACAAACAUCAAAUAAUGCAUUAUUGAACAAGCGGCGUAAAAGAGCCGCGCCGGAGCCUCCCUGUGCCCAAGCGCACUAAGGGAAAGCAUUAUGUAUCUUAAAAUAUUGCGACCAGCGAACAUUUUAGGUUGCCGUAGAAAAAUUGAAAUUGAAAUACUGUUGAUUGAUUGACUUCUCACAAUUCAACAUCACUUAACCUUGUGUAGUUUAUUAAAGUUGACCAGGUAAUUCUCCCAUGUUCAAUCCGUGCUCGUUUUUAACAAACAAGUUUACUUAUACGUGUAUGCACGAAUUUCCGUGUUAUUGUUGAUCCCCCCCGUGAAGUAUGAUCAAAUCUGCGUGAAUGUGUUUUGCAUCACUAGACUUGGUUGCUCAGAUUUUGCAAUUAAGAGCAAAUCCUGGUGCUGGAGUGCGUGAAAUUUUCUGCCACUUAACCGUUUACUUCUUUUUUUUUUUUUUUUUGACCGUCAAAAUCCUUUGCUGGGCAAUUUAGCCGCACUGGACCAGCAUUGCCUUACACAGUUUUUUUUUGUUUUUGAUUUGUUUUCUGAUGGUACAAUAUGUCGGUGGUUCGACCUGUUUAUCUCUUUUUGUUAUAAAGUGCAAUUAGUUUACAUAGUCAUCCGUUCGUCCGCCACACCGGUUGUUAUUGAUUAUCCACAUGUUUUAGGUGUUCCGAAUAAAGACGGUGAACUGUUCA